AUGGGCAAUGUGAUGGAGGGCAAGUCGGUGGAGGAGCUGAGCAGCACCGAGUGCCAUCAGUGGUACAGGAAGUUCAUGUCCGAGUGCCCCUCGGGCCAGCUCACGCUCUAUGAAUUCCGCCAGUUCUUUGGCCUCAAGAACCUGACACCGUGGGCCAGCCAGUACGUGGAGCAGAUGUUUGAGACCUUUGACUUCAACAAAGAUGGCUACAUAGACUUCAUGGAGUAUGUGGCGGCGCUCAGCUUGGUUCUCAAGGGCAAGGUGGAACAGAAACUGCGCUGGUACUUCAAGCUCUAUGAUGUGGACGGCAAUGGAUGCAUCGACCGGGCUGAGCUGCUCACCAUCAUCAGGGCCAUCCGAGCCAUUAACCCCUGCAGCGACUCCACCAUGACUGCUGAGGAGUUCACAGAAACCGUGUUUACCAGAAUUGAUGUCAACGGGGAUGGGGAGCUGUCCCUGGAGGAAUUCAUGGAGGGUGUCCAGAAGGAUCAGAUGCUCCUGGACACACUGACCCGGAGUCUGGAUCUCACCCGCAUCGUGCGCAGACUUCAGAGUGGGGUGCAAGAGGAGGAGGGGAAAUCGGCGAGGUGUCAGGGGCUCUCGGAUGAAUGA